UCGCACACGGCAUCACGUGCGUUAAAAUAGAAGCGGGUGAAUCGCAAAGCUUCACAAUCAACGUAGCAGCUGAUGCGUCAGAAAACUGUUUUGUCUACAACGUUUGUGGAAUGGUUUCAAUUUACCAGUUCUCCACGUUAUUGUGGAUUGUUUUGGUUGUCGAUGCUCAAUUGGAUGUAGAAUGUGGAAAACCAGUCGGUAAUGUGAUUGGUAGUAUAACAUACACUGGUGAUGCGGUAGCCGUUGUAGCCUACAGUAAAAACAACGAAGUAUGUCGUUUUACAGAAGAUACGUCUACAGCCACGUUUAAACUAAAAGUGGGCUACAAAGCCGGUCCUGGCAUAGACUGUGUAUUUGAGAAAACCUCGAAUAGCCUUCAGAAUUACGGCCUGCGAGUAGAAACCCGGCGACUUCACGAACUAUUGGAAGGUGGUGAUGAUGAAAGAUUUGUAGUAGAAUGUGUCUUUACACCUGUCAAACCCAACAUAGCAGUCAAAGUUUUACUUCAGCAAAAGUAUAAUCCGCCUAAAUUUGUAAUGAGAUCAUCCGGUAUAGCCGCUGCUUCCGCCAUCUCCAUCUUCCUAUCGGAUAUCCUCAAUGGACGUUUAACUAAAUCAGUUGCCGAAUCUCAGAUUAUUAAGAUCCGAUCUCUUAUGGUUGCUAAAAAGAACGAAAAGGGUUACCAACCAAUAGAAUGCACAGCUGAGUCUAUAGACAAAACCGUUAAACUUCUGGUUCUAUCUGACGGGUGUGGUACUGGGUUUCCUUGGAGAUAUGACCAAGGCUUCUCAAUGAAUGGUUUAUAUGGUGACAGCCCAACUUUCCGCAUGUUUCGUAUCAAGAAAAAUGAAGGUGUAAUUUUUAAAUGUACUUUUGUUAUCUGUCCGGCGGCUUGUAAUGAGAACUCGUGUUACCUCGCAAAUGUACUCAAGAGAGGAAGGCGGUCGGCGGAAAAGAAAUUUACACGAAGAACCCGGGGAGUUAAGUAUAAUAGUUUGGGUUUAGUAUCUCACGAAAAAAGUAAACACGUUGUUGGCGCUGAUGUUCUUGCAGCACAUAAACAUGAUGCACCCACAGAUAUCGAGGUUGUCAAAGACUCCGAGGUUGACAAAGGUGCGGCAAUUAAGUAUACCAAUUAUUAUGCGAACGAAACGUACCCAAUAGAUGAUGUGUCUGGACAUGGAAAUGCGAAAAUGGAAAACCAAACAGAAAAUACCAACAUAUUCCAGGAUAGUAAUGGAUAUGUGCAGGGAACAAAUGACAAUUAUGGUAGUUCUGGCGGAAUUCAUGAUGGGCUUGGAUAUGAUCAAAUGGAUCACCAAACCGACAACCUAUUCCAGGAUAAUAAUGGAGAUGUGGAGGGAACCAACGGCAAUUUUAUAGAUAUCAUUGAGCAACAAACUUAUAAUUCUGGCGAAAUUUACGAUGCGCCUAGAGAUGAAAUGGUUCAAACUGAGAACAUAUCCCAGGAUAGUUCUUUAGAUGUGACAGGAACCAGUGAGUCUGGGUAUGAUAAAACAGAUCACCAAACAGAAAACGUAUCCCAGGAUAAUCCUGUAGAUCUGAUGGGAGCUAGUGAGCCUGGGUAUGAUGAAAUAGAUCACCAAACGGAAAACAUACCCCAGGAUAAUCCUGUAGAUAUGAGAGCUAGUGAACCUGGGUCUGAUGAAAUAGAUCACCAAACAGAAAACAUACCCCAGGAUAAUCCUGUAGAUAUGAUGGGAGCUAGUGAGCCUGGGUAUGAUGAAACGGACCACCAAACACAUAACGUAUUACAGAAUAAUCUUGGAGGUUUGGAGAGACCCAAUGACAAUUUGCAAGGUGAACCGAGUAACGACGAUCACGUGGGUAAUGAGAUCCAUACUAUAGAACUUCUUGGCGAUACCGUUCACGUAAAGGAGGGUUCCAACGGAGAAACGGCUACUCUAGAAAUAGGCAAUGGAUAUCUACUGGGUACUAAUUCUUCGAACGGAGAUAAGAAAACAAAGGAAAUAAAUGGUGGUAAGAUUACGAUUGUCACGGAUGGGAAGGUCAAGGAUAUCAGUGUAGAAAAAGCUCCAACGACUAACUAGGCUCCAUGGUUAUCAAAACAGUCAAGAUUGGUUCAGUUAGCACUACAACCGAUUCGUAAAAUAUUGAAUGUGACUUUCUUGGUUUUGUAUAAAUCAUUUGUUCUCA